GCGGCGGCGGCGCUGCGGGUGCUGCGUCCGGCGGCAUGGCGGGCAGCAGGCGGGUACUGGCACCGGGGCCGUGGCUGGCACCUUGGGACUGGGCAGGAGGGAGCGAUGGCUGUGGGGCUUACGGAGGGGUGCCGUGCCGCGGACAUCGUCUCGUACCGGCGGACGACGAGCUUUACCAGCGGACGCGGCUGACGGUGCUGGAACCGGAGUCCCCCAACAUCAUGUUCGUCGAAGGCUACACCAGCCGCGGCUUCACCAUCAGCGGGAACCUGGUCGUGGGGCCCUGCGCCAUCCUGCCCCGCGCCAUCCUGCAGUGGAACGUCGGCUCCUACAAGGAUGUCUCGCAUGAGAGCCUGUCACUGUUCCGGCUACUGGAGCCCCAGAUAGAGAUCCUGGUGCUGGGCACAGGAGACAGGGUGGAGCGGCUCCACCCUGCCAUGCUGAAGCAGAUGCGGGAUUGCGGGAUCGCCGUGGAGGUGCAGGACACGCCAAAUGCGUGUGCAACCUUCAACUUCCUGACGAGUGAGAAGCGCAUGGUAGCUGCUGGGCUCAUUCCCCCGCGGGGCACCUACACAGGGUUGUAGGAGUUGUGUGCAGCAGCCGCAGGCUGCAAGCAGCAAUUCUCUCGCCUGCCUCAGAGCUGCUGGCUGGGUGGUGGCUCUGCACACAGGAGGGUGUUGUGAAGUGUGUGGGCUUGGCUCUGCUCCAGAGUCGCUGGCUUUCAGCCUCCCUGCCCC